AUGAGUUGUCAACCCUUCAAGGUCUGUCCAAAAAUUCAGAAAAUCCUAGAAGAAGGAAAAGACAGAUGUUGUAGAUUCAAUGCAUAUAAAUCUGUUGGUGAUAUUUAUCAAGUUGAUGAUGACAACUUCAAGCCUUUCAAGAUUGAUCUAACUAUAAGGAAAAAGGGUGAUAUUCCAGAAGAUUAUGUCCAUCAAUGUUAUACAGUGGAGCAGUACAUGAGAGCAUAUGGCCCUGCAAUAUUGCCUAUCCGAGCUCCAGAAUUAUGGCACAAAACUAUCCUACCACCUCCAAUCCCACCAAAGUAUAAGCCACAACCUGGGAGGCCAAAGAAGAAGAGAAAGAUAGAUCCAAUUGUGGAAAAGCCAGAUCAAACAAAAUCUACUAAACAAGGUGAAGUUAAAAAGUGUAGGUUGUGUGGCAUGAGAGGUCAUAAUAGGACUACUUGCAAGGCAAAAGGCAAACAGGUACAAGAACCAAAGGGAGUUGAAGUCAAUGAAGAGCUGCAGGAACGUGAACAUCAUUACCAUCAAGAGCAAUGUCAUGAUGUGGUAAUUGAGACACAAGUCCCAGACUUUGUGCUAAAUGAAAUGGAAGCAAUGUCAUCCCAACCAUCACAAGCCAUUGAAGGAAAAAAUGUGAUCCCAAACAUGUCAAACUUUAUAUCUUCACACAUAUCAUCUCAAGCCGUUGAUCAUGUGAUUACCACUAGAAGGAAGAAAUAUGUAAUUGUUGGAGGACUUAAAAGCAUGAAGAAAAAGUGA